ACUAAAAUCGCGAAAUUCGAGGUUAUGUUGCGUUUGUUUUUAUAUUUUUCGGGGAAUAGCUUCCUCGUGGGUGGAAUCGCGUUUUAAUGUAUGGGGGGGCGUUUUUUGGCGACGGAAUUCGCGUCUGCGGGACCCCAAAACCACGUUUCUUCUGAUUUGAGUUGCGUCAGUCCGAUACCUGAUAAGUUUGGGGCGAUAAUUGUGUUUACGUUCCAUAAUGCAUAUUCAUGUGUUAAAGGUUGCUCAAAUGUUGUUGCUAUACGAUUUGGACAAAAAAACGACGGAAAGUUGGCCAGUUUUUUGGUAAUUAGAAAGGAACGUCGGGUCACGUGUUGAUUAUUUUUAUUGGUUUUGCAUGUUGGUUUUGGGUUCCGUUUGAGAGAGAUGUGACCCCAAAAUCCUAGAGAUGACCGUUGUGACGUUUACCGAAAUUGUUAUCAAGAAGCGGACGAAAUCAGGGGUUAAUCGUGCAAGGUGGGUUCGCCCCUGGAUCUCCGCCGUCCUUACGAUUUGAUCUCUCUUCUCGACCAAGAAAAGCGCUGGAACGAAAUCCAGACAGUCCUCCAAGAUCUCAUGACCCGCAAAUCCACAAUCGAAGAAAAAUGGUCGAACCUCCAGGGCAAUCCCGGGAUGGAAUCGAAAAUGGCCCUCAAGAACUCCGAUUGUUUGAUGAACGGCAAACUCGCCAACACUGUGGAUUUGUACAAUAUAGCGACCAACGGAAGCGAGAGGGUUAAGGUCGACUUGACCACCGAAAAAGAGGACGUUACGAUAUAUCAAGUACCCGAGUGUAAUAAAUAUAGUAAAAUCGAGUUCAGCCUACCCGAGUACCAGCAAUUUCCAUCCCUACAUAUCGACAACAUUGUCACUUCGGCCCCCGAAGAAUCCCUCGAGAAGUUGAUGCCGAUGAAAUCGGUCCAGCUUUUCGGGCACGAGAUUCAUAACGAGUUGGUGAAGAACUCGAGCUCGUGGGUGCACUAUAAUCUAGGUGCGUUGUAUUGGAGGAUCAAGGGGAACGGGCCUAAAGCGGUGGAUUGUAGCAGGAGGGCGCUGCUUUUCGUACCACCUGUGUAUAAAGACAUUCCUUUGCAUAAUCUAGCGGGGAUUUUGCAUAAGUCGGGGCGGUCGUCGGAGGCCGCUUUGAUGCUCCAUACGGCAACCGAGUACGCUCCUAAGCAGGCGCUGCAUUACUUAGCUCUAGGGAAUAUUUAUUUCGCGAUGGGUGACUAUAACAACUCCAUUACUUACUAUGAUAAGUUUUUGGAACUCGAGCCGGAGCACAAUGACGUGAACGCGAUUAAACAAGCAACUCUUUGUUUCUCGAAGCUUGAAACCCAUCUGAUCGAUUUCCAAGAAAAUGUUUUAGGGUACUUACAGGGUAUUUUGUCCGAUCUGCACGACUUUCAUAGUCUUCAGCAGCACUGGCUCAGACUUAGUAAAAGAUUGAUGUGGGAACACUCUUCGUACGACGAAGAGUUAGGUAAUUUUCAAGAAGAAGCACUAGAGUCGAUGUUCGGCAAAAAAAGCCAACGAUGCGUGAAGAAAUCAUCGACGAUAUCGUGCGACUUCGUCGACAGUCCGAUCGCCGACUUCGACACAAUGAACCUCCAGAACCUGUUCCAGUACGUGGAAUCAGAAACCCAGAAGAUCAACGAACGCAUGGCUAAAACUAACCGUCUAACCGGCGUCGAUGACAAAAAUAAAGAUAAUUAUGAGAGCACGCCGCAAACCUAUCCGAAGUUCCCCACCACGAUGUCAACUUCCGGCGAGAAGUACUUCGACGUGGCGGGGUGGCCGCACGAAGAGGAGUGCCGGAAGUGGAAUCUGCCAAUCAACGAGAAGGAGGAUUUGAAGUUGCCGAUUUUCCUUCCGCCGGAGAAUAAAGGUUACGAUAUACAUAAGAUUUUGGCGGACGCCAUUGGAUUACCCAACGGGUCUGAGCACAAAUUACCGUGGUAUCCGCCAGUGUGUGACGACGCCAGUGCUUUCGGCGAAAAGUACGUGCAACAAUCAGAGCGGCAUCUACUUAAUAACGAGAUUAAAAGCAACGAGUUCUUGAGAAGCCACUUUGUUAAGUAUGUUAAUAGUGGGAAGGCGGAUGAGGCGGAAAUCGGGCAGCGGAUCAUUACGGCCUUGGAAAGGAAAAGCGCCCCCAGUUGGGUCCUGUCGACCCUCGCUAGCUUGUAUUGGCGGAUUCGGGGCAACACGCGGAAAGCCCUUGAUUGUUUAGACCUGGCGCUGAAGACGGCGCCCAAGGACCAAACCGACGUCAUCCUCAUAUCCAUCGGCUCGAUCGUGCACCAAGUGGGUCUAGUAAACCAAGCUCUCAAGUACGCCAACUUGGCUUUCAAACUCAACUACGUGGAGCCGAGUACUAACUUCCUCCUCGCGUUGCUGCACUACGAAAGUAACCCCUUGAUGGCCAUGUACUACAUGAAGAACGUGCUUCGUGUGGACUCGGAAUUCUAUGACGGGCAAGCCGAACUCCUGCUCAAGCUAUGGGGCUGUCGGAUCAAGAUGGGUACUUACAACAACGUGAAAAAGCCGGCGGAGAAGCUCCCCCAGGAGAUUUGCUCCGAGAAAGAGUCGUUCAAAGGACAAGGUAUGAUAUGUUCAGCGAAUGGUGAUGAUUGUAAAACAGCAUCUAUCCAGUGUUUUCGUACGAAAGAAGAUGGUGUUAUCCUUAAACGUCCCUUUGUCAAAUUUAAAAGCGGAGUUAAGCAUUCUUUAAUUUCCACAAUCAUUGCUGCUGAAGGUUCCGGCGAUAGUGAGCCGGACCAGUCGCAGUUGGAAAGGAUUAACGAUAACCCGCAUCCUUUCCACAUGAGGAUUUUGUUGGGGGAGGAUCACGUAACCCCGGGACCGACGCCGGAGUUCUAUGUGGGGUUUAGCGACGAUUCUGCGUCCGACACGGUACUACACGUAUACGAUAAGUCCGGUACUUAUCCGUUGUCGUCGCACGGGUGCAAAGAAAUCAUAGAAGCGGAUUGGGUUCACUUCACGUCGAUGUGGCAGUCGAUAGCCGCGCGAAACAUAGAUAUAGGACCAUACUUGAAACCCCUGCCGAAAAAUUCCAAGAAACGCGGUACUAAACCCUACUGCACCGACGGCAACCUCAACCCCGGCGAAACUCUGCUCAACCACCUCACCAGCAAAAUCCUCCGCAGUAAAUUCCCGGCUUCCCCCGAUAGGAGUUUAGCCGAGUGGUUGGGGAUCAUGGCCGGUGAUCAAAAAGCGUCAGUUGAAGAACUGGGGGCCAAAAUUGGGCUAGCCCUCCAGGAAAAUACUACCUCGUGGCUCCUAGCCACCGCUGCUGCUCUCUACUGGCGGGUUUUGGGUAACGCCGAAGAAGCGAUCGUGUGUCUGCGGCUAGCCCUGAGUCACGUCCCGGAUGACAUGAAAGACGUGCCACUGAUCAGUUUGGCCAACGUUUUGCAAAGGUUCGGUUUCAACGGGGAGGCUCUAGAAGUGGCGUACUUAGCUCUGAAAAGCAACCCGAACUUCGUGGUUAACCAUUUCACCGUGGGUAACAUUCUUGCGUCCAUGGGGGACCUGGAGGAAGCCAUAUCAUUCCACCGCUCCGCGCUCACUCUGGAUUCGAAUUUCGAGCCGGCUCGGAAUCGGUUGCAGGCGAUCUUGUGCACUUUGUUGUUCGACGAGUCGGGAACGCUGAGGAGCAUACCGGAGAAUUAAGUCUACACUGAAUGUAUAUGAAGAAGAUACUAUUUUUGCAUGCCAACAUAUAAUACGUGUUGCCCUUACUGUAUAGAUUUGUUUUAGUUCGUGACAGUACUAGGUGUGUAGGCGUUUCGUUCGUUCAACGAAUAUUGUUACUUUGACUCAAUUGUAAGUGUGAUGGAAAUUCUCAAGUGAUAUUUUUUUCGUUUAAGCUUAGUUGUACUUAAUCUCGAUUUGCCAAAGAGUUGGAAUUAAUUUGUGUUCACUACGUUAGAAUAGAAUUAAGUUUAAUGUACAUUCCAUUGUCGUACGGUUUGAUACUUAUUGACUUAAUUUGACAAUGCAUUCUUUUCCUGUUUUCACUUUCGACGGUGUGAUUUUUUUAAGAUUUUGAGUCUCAUUUUAUUGGUGGUAAUUGCUGUGAAAUACAGUGACGAUAAAAGCA